UCUAUCUACCUUAUGGUUGGUGAGACAAAUCCAAGUCCUGAAAACAGUUCUGAAGUGAGAACCCAUGCUAUUUUCAAGAAAAUGGAUCUCAAUUCCGACCACGUUUUAUCCAAGGAGGAGUUUAUUCGUGGCUGCAUCAAUGACGAGCACCUCUAUAACCUUCUCGCAAGUGCUGGCUCAUGA